GAAAACAAAAUAGUUCAACGGCUGGUUUGGAUUCAGCUAGCAGUCGACCGUGUUUUCAUAUCUUUGCUCAACAUUUCAGUAAAAAUGUCUCCAGUUCAGCAUCUGAGAGAGUUUAUCAGAGAGCGACUAACUGCUGCUGCUGAAGAAAUUUUCACAGAGGUAGAAAAAACCAUUAUCCGCUACGAGGAAGAAAACAGACUGAUGGAAAACUACUGGAAACCUCAGAAAAAACUCCAGAGAAUCGAACCCCAAAAGCCACAUGAGGUGGAAGCUCUGGCCAUCCAACAUCUCUUUAACCAGGGGAGGAGGUCCCGUCAGGACCAGGAGGAAUUAGUCCCUCAGUGGACUGAGGAGGAUCAGAUGGAACCAGAAAAUUCAUCUCCUAUUAAAGAACUGGGGGAACCGGGGCCUCCGUGGAUUAAAGAGGAAGAUGAUCCAGAGCUGCCACUGAUCAAAGAAGAAAAUGAGGAACCUGAGACUAAAUGGGCUGCAGAGGAACAGAAGGAACCAGGUUUGCAACUGAUGGAAAAACGGAAUGAACCAGAACCUCAUUGGAAUAGAAAGGAAAAGGAGAAAGCAGAAUCUCCACUUUUUGAACUUAAGAGGAAACCAGAUUGUUCACUGCAGAAACAUGAAGUGUGUCUACUAGAGCAUUCAGCACCUAGACAGGACCAGGAGGAAAAGCAGCCUGUCCAGAAGCAGUCCGUCACUUUUAUGGAGACCUUUACUUUUCAGGAAGUGGAUCUGAGUGAAAGCGAACCAAGAAUUGAUCAGCUCCUCUUUCAUAUCGCUCCUGUAGUUGAGACUAGAGAUCAGAAAGAAAGUAGCUCCACUAUGUCACAGAGUCGGUUUCAAAAUUACACAAAAAGAGGGUCUCUGAACUGUGACAUUUGUGGAAGAUCCUUUAAGAGAAGGUAUAACAUGAAAAGGCAUUACACCUCCCACACAGGUGAGAAACCUUUUUUAUGUCAGACAUGUGGAAAAGGUUUCUCUACAAUGGGUAGUUUAGAAUAUCACAUCAGGACACACACAGGGGAGAGACCUUUUCCAUGUCAAAUAUGCAAGAAAGGUUUCUCUUCGAUGAGUAAUUUAAAGGAUCACAUCAGGACUCACACAGGCGAGCGACCUUUUUCUUGUGGGACAUGUGGAAAACGUUUCUCUAAAGUUUAUAAUUUAAAUGUUCACAUUAAAACCCACAAAGGUUAGAAGUCUUUUUCAAGUAAAUUAUGCAGAAAAGAUUUCCUUCCGAUUGAUGAUUUAAAUGAUACCAUUGUAACUAGGGCUUUUUUUUUCAUUUUGCAAACAUAUUUAUCUGUCGAUUAAAUUUUUUGAUAAAUCUAUUAAUAACCGGAUAGCCAAAGGUUCCUUAAAGAACAUAUUUUACGAAAGUAAACCAGGUGAAACUAAAACUUUUCA